AUGUUUUGUGACACUGAAGUAUUUUCAAGGAAAGUUUUUGUUGGGGGAUUACCAAUCGACAUAACAGAGACUGAGGUUAAGCAGACUUUUCAGAAAUUUGGAGCUUUGCUGGUAGACUGGCCUUGCCGUUCUGUGGAUUUUUCUUUUGCAGUUAAAAAGGAGCAAGGUUCGGAUUUAAAGAUUGAGGGAGGGAUUUUUAAAGGGUAUAAAGGUGGGCUUGGUUUAGUCUUGAAUCACCUCCUCCUCUUGAGCUACCUGGGGAAGGGGGCUGACUAUUGGGUUUGUAGUCUAGGAAACUCCAAGCUUUGGGAAAAUACAGCAAGCCGAAAAGAUGCUCGGGUAUAG